AUGAAACACGAGGCCGGCGGCGCGGUCCGACCUCGAGGCGGCGGUGACGACCUCGAGGACGAUUUCGAUUUCGAGAUCGGCGACGCGUUAGGGCGGGAGAAGCUGCCGGACGACGAGGAGGAGGACGACGACGGCGCGAGCGACUCGGGCGGGGGCGGCGGCGGCGGCGACGACGACGCGCCCGCGCCCGAGGAUCUAGAGUGGGAGACGAAAGACGGCGAGAAGGUGUUGAAGGACUACUCGAAGAAACGCAAGAGCGGCGGGGAGAAGGACGGGAAGAAUCGGAGUAAAGAUGCGUCGGGGGGGGACGGCGAGAGGAAGCCGAAGAAGAAGAAGAAGACCAAGGUGGUCGAGUUUUAG